GGUUCGGUCCUACCCAACCAAAAUCGCCUAUUCGCCUCACUCGGUUAGCCGCUACGCUAUCUCGCUCCACCAACUCCCGAGACCCGCCGAAAACAGAGAGAGAGAGAGAGAGAGAGUGGCGGAGAGCGAAUCAGGCGCUUCCCUGCGAGCAAAAUUCCAUUUUCUUUGUUUCAUCGUUUCAGAUUCCUAGAAAAGGGCCGCAAGAUUCCAUUUUUAUCCUUCAUCGAGAGUACCCAGUUCCAGCCAUACCCUGAUGGAACUGAAAUCCCCUGAACUUCCUCUUCCCUUUCUAACUAAUUACAGCAAUGAACUUUCAAUCACCGACCUCGAUCCUCUCAGAGUGUCGCAUGAUCUCUAAUCCAUCUCUGCCGCAACAAAAUGGCAUCUACUGCCUUCAGUCGGAGCGUUUGUACUCGCCCCGGCUAUCGCUCCAUCAGCAUCAGCAGCUCUAGAGUCUCCACUUCCGCCCAUCGAAAAUGGUUCGUACCUGGAUACUUCUUUAACGCUGUCGUCCUCUCCUUCUUCCUCAUUUCCCUUGCGCUCGUGCUGUGUUGCAUUCUUUACUUGUACUGGUUCCGAUACCUCUCUCGCGGCGGGAAUGCCGGCGAGGUAUCAGCGUUCACCGGUAUGACCGACGUCUGCGAUGUCUUCGAGGGGAAUUGGGUGCCGUCCGAUUCAUACCCAUUGUACAAUAGCUCAAUCUGCCCUUUUGCAGAACGAGGCUUCAAUUGCUUGGCCAAUGGGAGGAAGGAUACAGACUAUCUGCGGUGGAGGUGGAGGCCUCGGCUCUGCGAAGUUCCCAGAUUUGAUGCGUUUGAGAUUCUGGAGAGGCUUCGUGGUAAGCGUAUAGUAUUUGUGGGAGAUUCCAUGAGCAGGACGCAGUGGGAAUCUCUCAUUUGUAUGCUGAUGACAGGAGUAGAGGAUUUACAGAGUGUUUAUGAGAUCAAUGGGAAUGAAAUCUCGAAGACUAUUCAGUUUCUGGGGGUUCGGUUCAGAUCUUAUAACUUCACUGUGGAGUUCUUUCGUUCAGUUUUUCUUGUGCAGCAGGGCCCUCCUCCUAGAUUGGCGCCUAAGAGGGUUAAAAUGACGCUGAAGCUUGAUAAAAUGGAUAAUAUAAAUCGAAGAUGGGUUGAUUCUGAUAUUUUGAUCUUUAAUUCUGGACAUUGGUGGACGCCAACUAAAUUGUUUGAUGUGGGCUGCUAUUUCCAGGUUGGAAGCUCACUAAAGCUCGGAAUGCCUAUAACUUCUGCCUUCAGGAUGGCGUUGGGGACAUGGGCAUCAUGGGUUGAAUCUUCGAUCAACAGUACUAGGACGCAUGUUUUCUUCAGGACCUUUGAGCCUUCUCAUUGGAGUGGUUCAGGUCAAAAAAGUUGUGAAGUGACGGAGCGACCGACAUUAGAGGCUAAAGGGAAUUUGAGGAGCGAAUUCACAGACAUUAUAGAUGAGGUGGUAGCAAAAAUAAAUGUCCCAGUCACCAUUCUCAAUGUUACUAUGAUGGGAGCAUAUCGUAGCGAUGCCCAUAUAGGCCCAUGGAGUCAUCCUUCAUCCAUUCUUGAUUGCAGCCAUUGGUGUCUUCCCGGCGUGCCGGAUGCUUGGAAUGAACUUGUAUUUGCGUCUCUUUCCCAAGACAGCUGGCACUAAUCUCAAAGACGAACCAUUAGCAUGAAGACCAUUUUUGCACUUACCCCCCCUCUUGUAAUUCUAUUUUGGGUAUUCUUCCCGCAAAAUUUUAUAAAGCAGCAGCAGCAGCAGCAGCAGUAGUGUUUUUUAGCUCUUAUUUUUUCAGAAGGAAUAAUAAAAAAGAAAAAGCAGACCAGAGAGCUGAUUCGCACGUGCGAAGUGGAAAUUCCUUAGUUUUUUUUUUUUAAAUCUUUAUUUGUGCGUGUAGGGGAUCUGUAGCAUUACAAGAAAAUACUACAGGAUAUACAUGGUUCGUAUAAAGCUU